CUUGAUUUUAUCCUGCCGAGGUUUCACCUGCUGUAGUCUGAGCUACAUAUUUGCGUUGACUCCCUGAACUGGGUUUGCGUCCUGAACCACCACCUGCCACUCAAGAGAGACAAGAAAGGGAGUGCUUCGUUAGCAGCCGUAGAGACUUGGCCACCGGCGAUUUGUGCAAGGGGCGACAUACAAGCAAAGAAGUUGUGCUUCUAAUACGGAGUUCACUGCGUGAACGAAAAUCUGCCAGGAGCCGGGGUAAGCGAAAUAAUAUCCUUGGAAAGACACUUUUGUGACCUACCUACAUCAAUUCAAGAGAAGUCCAACUCUAUUUGUUCCAGAAUUGGCAAUGUUUGGAACAGUAGUGAUUGGAAUUGGAAUUGCUGGAUCUGUACGAAUCAGAGAUUUGCUAAAUCCUUUGCCUUCCAGUCCUGCUGAGCAUCUUAAAUUAUUGGGAUUUGUUUCUAGAAGAUCUCUAAAUGAAGUUUAUCAAGUCAAGCAAAUUAGUCUGCAAGAAGCUCUAGACAAUCCCGAGAUCCAUGCUGCCAUCAUCAGUACAGAUAAUCAAAACCACACUGAGAGCGUAAGGAAGUUCCUAGAGGCUGGCAAGCAUGUCCUUGUUGAGUAUCCUUUGGCACUGUCUGCAAAGAUAGCUCAUGAAGUUUGGGAGUUGGCAGAGCUGAAAGACAAGAUCCUCCAUGUGGAACACAUUGAACUACUAACAGAGGAAUACAAACAACUGAAGAAAGAGGUAUCAGGAAAGGAGCUUGUGAAGGGAACAUUACAUUUCACAGGGGGCCCAUUGGAUGAACGAUAUUCAGGAUUCCCAUCUUUCAGUGGCAUUGCUCGCCUCACAUGGUUGGUGGACCUUUUUGGAGAUCUCACUGUCACUUCUGCCACAAGAGAACAACAGAAAGAAAACAAUUAUUUCAGAAUGACAGUGCAUUUUCAGACUGCAAACAAAAGGCCUCUGACUUGGAUUGAAGAAAGGGGUCCAGGAAUGAAACGGGAUAAGAAGAUUAACUUCUGUUUCAAAAAUGGAUGCUUGGAAUGUCUUCCUGAGGCUCCACGUUCACCAGUUGGCCUUUUCAUGCAAGACCUGAUUAUCUUUGCCAAAAAACUUUUGGGACAGAUCCCCAAAGAGGAACUGACAGCUGAGAAAAAGCGGAUUCUGCUGUGCCUCAGUCUUGCUGAGGAGAUUCAAAUGCACUGUGAACCGCCAUCUACAUUCUAUUCUUGAAAAGUGUGUGAAACUACAGCAAUCACCAUUUUAAACUGUUUCCUGCAAUCCCUUUUUAAAAUGUUCUUCCAAUGUGCCAUCUUCUCUAGUCUAUUAAGCAAUAUUUUUUUCUAACAAAACCAGGUUCAAUUUAAUCUGGCAACACAGGGAGUAUAUAUAUAUGUCUUGCCUUACUGCAAAGAAACUUUCUAAUCAAAAGCUAGCAAACAAACUGCCUGCAUGUCUUCUAGAGAAGCAAUAGCAAAAGAAUGUCAUUUUUUCCACAAUAUAUAUUGUUGGGGAGAAAAGAAUCUUUCUCAGCAACAAAGUAUUUCUCUGAAACACUUUAAAUUCUAUAUUUAAGCCUUUAUGUAUAUCACUUAAAUGUUUACACAAACAUUUAUUAGUGUGUUAAAUAGCUUUAAGUUUAUUUUUGGCCUCUGUGCAGUUUAAGUUGCUCUUUAACCCCAGGUGCAUGAAACAUUGAAAAUAGUGCCCUUUCUUAAGUUCAUCUCUGUUUAGCCCAAGACUACAACUUAGCUUUUACAGGAUAGAAAACUAUAUUGAAGGAAUAGUGAGUGGAGGAAAAUUUCUGAAUGGGAAGGUGAUUUUUUUGUUUUUUUUUAAAUUUGGCAAAUAUUUAUGUAUCAUUUAACAUAAUAUUGUGUGAAUUAUGAAUUAGUUAAUAAACAUUAUU